GUGGCAGCAGAGUUCAUCUGUCGAACGCAGCGUCCCUCAGACCCUAAAGAAGAAGAGAAGAAGAACGUUGUGUUACCAAACAUCCGGCUCCUCUCUAAUGUCGUUGACUGGAAGCUAAACAUCGCCUCCUCCAGCUGAAGACGAACUGCGGGCAAAAUGCUCUCUCGCCUGUUGGCGUAUGUCGUCAACAACCUUCAGGUCAUUGAGAAGUUGGCAGAAUCGCGUCCGAUCCGCCGGGCGGCUCAGCUCACGGCCUACGCCCUCACCAAGGCUCAGAUCGUCGGCCGCGACACGUCGCAGCGAGUCAUGCGGUCCCAGACGCUGCGGCAGGUCCGGCAGGAAGCCGGCAGAGUCCCCGCUGACCUGGAGGAGGCGAGCAACCGCCUGCGGAGGGUCCGGGAGGCGUUCGUCAAGGAGGUGAAGGACGGCUGGAGGGAUGGCUCCAGGCAGAUCAAGAAAUGAGGAGGACUGGUGGUGGUGGUG